AUGUCAUCGAAAGCGCUCGCGACGAGCAACCUUUGGUGGAAUGGAUUGUUUUUCCUGUGCAGUGCAGCAUAUGAAGAAGUGGUUCCUACAGCUCUGGAUGAUGGAGAGGUUCCUGAACUGAAGCCGGCAGUAUCUGUCAACGUAGCAGCUGUAUACGAGGAGCUUCCGAUAUUGACAAAGUUUGAGUCAUUUCGGAAGACACAAAGGAUUAUCGCCUACGUUUUAAGGUUCAUCAACAACUGCCGUAAGAUUGGUGAACGAAGCACUGCAACGACGCCCACGAUUUCUGAACUGAAGGAGGCAAACAAGCGGAUCAUCCAAGCGAACCAGAGGAGCGAACUUCAGGAUGAAAUCGAUCGCCUGCAAGCGGGGGAGUCAUGCAAGAGAAUCGGCAAUCUGAACCCUUUCUUGGACGACGGGUUACUACGAGUUGGAGAUAGAAUUCGUCACAGCAAACUAGCAUACGAGGUAAAGCAUCAAUGGAUCGUUCCGGACAAGCACCCCGUAACGAGAAGACUCAUCGCAGCGGUACAUAGAGAAAACCUGCAUGCUAGUCCGAGUAGCGUGAUCACAGCCCUAAGAGAGCGCUACUGGAUACUGAACGCCAGAUCGACGGUACGAAAGGUGACGAGAAGUUGCAUCACUUGCUUCAAAUCAAGCCCGAAGCUUGCUGAGCAGUUCAUGGGAGACUUGCCGUCGUGUCGCAUCACCGCUGCACCUACGUUUUUGAAAGUUGGAGUAGACUUCGCUGGACCUAUCUACAUAAAGCAAACCGCCAGGAAAGCAGCUCCAGUGAAAGACUACAUAUGCGUAUUUGUCUGUAUGGUUUCGAAGGCAAUGCACUUGGAAGUGGUGGAGAACCUAUCCACUGAAGCGUUUUUGGCAGCACUACAAAGAUUCGUAUCCAGAAGAGGAGUACCCGAGGAAGUGUAUAGCGACAACGGAACGAAUUUUAUCGGCGCGCGAUCAGAGCUUCGUGAGUUGUACGAGCUCUUCAAGUCCGACCUAACCAACGGUAAGCUAUCACAGUUCUGUCAAGUCAAGAAGAUUAAGUGGACCACGAAUCCCCCAAAUACACCUCACUUUGGAGGGCUAUGGGAGGCGGGCGUUAAAAGCGUGAAGUCUGUUCUGAAGAAAGUCUAUCAGUCCGCCUCUUUGACAAUAAUGGAAUUUGCGACCUUGCUGUGA